CGCACAGCCGUGACAGCUGAUAAGGUAAACAAACACAUGACGACUGGAUGACAUUUCGCCAAUAUCUUAUCGAUUUUGGUCGAUAAAAGCUGGAUUAUUUCUUAAACCUGCCAGGAUCAGUUGGCAUUGGGUCUUUAGACGCCGAGCACAGUUACUGGUGAACAUGUCAUUGAAUGGAACGCUAGCUGGACGCGUAGGGGAGGCGGUACAAAAUGCGAGUGGGGAUUCUCUGUCACUAGUCUCAGUGUCUCUGAAGAGUUUCUUGGACAAUCCGAUAAUCAGACCACUUCGGUUGAUUUUCUAUUUCGUCACACCGAAUGAGACGACAUUUAAAGAGCAGCAUGAGGUGCCUGAUUAUGUCACAGAGGUCUUCCCUAUGUUCACGUUGAUGAUUCUCUUGGAGCUUGUAAUCUGCUUCAUCAGGGGAAGACGGACACUUAGGAUUAAUGACAGUUUCAGUUCUGUCAGUGCUGGUUUGCUUUCAUUGCUUCCACCAGUACUGUUCAAGGGAGUAGAAUUAACUGCAUACAUCUGGAUCCAUGAGAAUUUCAACUAUUUCCAUCUUCCUUGGGACUCACCCUGGACAUGGAUCGUGGCGUUCCUGGGCGUGGACAUGGGGUACUACUGGGCUCAUCGCAUGGGACAUGAGGUGAAUCUGUUAUGGGCAGCGCAUCAAACUCAUCACAGUUCUGAGCACUACAACCUAACAACGGCUCUUAGGCAGUCUGCUUCCCAAAAAUAUGUCUCUUCCAUGUUUUAUCUUCCAAUGGCAAUAUUCGUUCCACCGUCCGCCUAUCUGGUGCACUCCCAGUUUAAUUUGACCUACCAGUUCUGGGUUCAUACUGAGGUGAUAGACAAACUUGGGCCCCUGGAGUACAUACUGAAUACACCAAGUCAUCAUCGAGUCCAUCAUGGUCGCAACAAAUACUGCUUGGACAAAAAUUAUGCUGGGACGCUUAUAAUCUGGGACCGUUUAUUUGGUACUUUUCAAGAAGAGACCAAAGAGGAGGUCGUCUAUGGCUUGGUUCAUCCGCACCGAAACUGGGACGUUUUCUACACACAAGUCAGUCACUUUUUGUAUAUCUGGAAAUGCUUCUGGCGCAGGAAAGGAUGGAGAAAUAAACUGAAUACUCUCUUCAUGGGACCAGGUUGGGCGCCAGGGAAGCCGAGGUUUGGAUGCCAUGAAGACAUUCCAGAGAUUGAACAGGCGGUGAAAAUUUACAACAAAGAUCUUCCAAUCUGGUGCAAUGUGUAUGUUGUGAUUCACUUUGCCCUGGCUCUCCUAGCGUAUAUUGCACUGUUGACGAUGAAAAAGCUUGUUGGUCCUGUUGUUCUGUUUGUGUCUGUCAUGUAUGUAGUCUUCACGCUCUCAGUGUUUGGGUGGCUCUAUGAGCACAAGCCCCACGCUCCGUACUUCGAACUCCUUCGCUGCCUGAUUUAUGUUGGAGCUGACAUCUACCUCACCAGUAGCGGAGUUUACGAUGGUGCAUCUGCGAUGUUGAUGUAUCUUGCCCUAGGUCUGAGGUUCAUUUUCCUUGCGUCGGGAUCUAUCUGGCUCAUCCACUGUUACAGGGACUUAACAGCCAAAAAGAAGGAAGCUUAGUCACGCUCUUGAUUGGAGGACAUUGAUUGGUCAGCCUUAAAGGGACCAUUAGAGAACUGGCACUAGCUGCGCAGGUUAAACCACCAAGCAAAAUACUACAAAUAGGUGUCACAAUCAUCUCUGUAUGACGUUGUUUACAGAUUGCACCAAAAUUGUAAAUUGAUGUCAUGUUCUUAAUUUGUUGAUAAAAUUGAACUUUGUUUUGCCGAUAUUCGGCAGUUAUGAUGUGUUACAUGCAGUAUCUACAUGCUGUUAUCAAAUGGGACACGAGAUCAUGUGACUUGCACUAAAAGUGGAAGUCAUUGUGUCAUGAUCAUGAUAAGAAAUGUGAGUCAUUAACUGAUCCUCGAGGAUAACAGUCCUGACUCAAGAGGUCUCUGUAAUCAGUGUAUCCUUUGUAUACAAAGUCACCCAGUCAUAAGUGCAUUGUGAAGGUCACUUGCUCACUGUGUAUGAUAUAUUAUUCCAGUAAACUCCAGGCCUCUGUACCUGCAGCUGUAACUGCAGGCCAAUUAUGUAAGUGAAAUAUUGAGUUAAACUGAUGUACUAAUUCAAAUAUAACACCAUGACAAAUCAUAUUUCGGUUGAUAGGAUCACAAAGACAGUUAUUCUAGGCUUCAUUGUGUAUUACUAGUCAUGUAUUUUUUCAGAGGUAUAUGGUAAGAAAUCAUAUCUAUAUAUCAGGAUGGUGCACUUUUAAAUAUCAGGAAAUUUUAAUUGAACGCAUAGUACCAACUUGCUACCAUUCUGAUCUAUGUCAUGCAUGUUUUUCUUAACAUUUUUCUGAACACUUUUGUAAUGAAUUAUGUGGUAACUUACUUUACAUUACAAAGUAUUUUCGCUUUCAUGAGAACCAACGAAUUGUUAAGGGUUUUUUUCAGGUGUUGUUUGGACCAGUUCUUUGACAUUCCUACUGCAUAAAAUUGCUCUUCCUGUUUACUGAAGACUCCAGUCGUGUUUCUUAAAAUGGUACAACUAUUUUUAGAUUUGACUAUGUCUAGUUAUUGGAACAGGAUAUGUAAAAUAGGACAGAGAAAAGUUUGCUUUUUUGUUCACUUGUGAUCGAGCAAAUUGUGACAUUCCCAUAUCUAUUGGUGCAAAGCUUUAUAACGUGUUGAAAUUUCAUUGCUCCCCUGAUAGAGGCAAAUUGGGGUAUUUUAGAAAUAGUGUAGAAUAACACUCAGAUACAAAUGGUGCAGAAAUUAUUUUCAUAUAGCUGUAGGAACAGAUGUACAUGCACUUCAGACAUCAAUAAAUUGUGAUAUUAGAAAGAUAA